GCCUGCAGUAUCCACAACCACCGCCCAACAUGAGGCCAUACAACCAGUAUUAUGCCCUGCAGGCAAAGGAGCAGUACGUUCUGGACGGCAAGGUGAAGGGGGUGUUCAUGGGACUGGGUUGGAAAGCUGGAUGUGACGUGGACGGCAGUGUCGCCCUCUUCAACAAAAGCCAGACGCCUGUGGACGCAGUGUGGUGGAAGAAGCUCACCAGCGACAAUGGCGCAGUGAAACACUCAGGGGACGACAGGACGGGGGAGGGCGGCGGUGACGAUGAGGUCAUCACUGUGAAUUUGGAGAAGCUGCCGUUGGACAUCCACUACUUGCUGUUUACAGUCUGCGUGUUCACGCCUGGCAUGAGCUUCAGCCAGGUGCGCUCGGCCUACGUGCGCAUGGUCAGCGCCAACCCGAGCCACAAGAACCACGAGAUGGCUCGCUACAACCUGACGGAACUGCAGGGCACAGCGAUGCUGCUGGGCAUGCUCACACGCCAGGGCGCCUACUGGUGCUUCACGGCCCUUGGGUCGCCUGCGCCCGGCCGGACGGUAGAAGAUGUCAUCAAGAAUGCGGAGGCCAUGAGGGCGACCUUGUCACUGUGCCCAUCCCGGGAGCCUGGCAUUCGACACAUCACCCUGCGGGUGGUGAAAGGCAGAAACCUGGUGGCCAAGGAUCGUGGCGGUGUGUUCAAGAAGAAGGGUUCUUCAGAUCCGUUUGUGAAGAUCAAGUACAAGAAGCUCAAGCUCCAGUCCGAGGUCAUGACAAAGACCCUGGACCCCGUUUGGAACCUGAGGGCCAUGGACCUCGGCAGCGUGCUGGAGUCGGAGUCCAAGGCCAUCAAAAUGACCGUGUGGGACUACGACAAGCUCUCAGGCAAGGAUUUCAUGGGUGCCAUACGCCUGCCCGCGGCCACCCUCUUCGCCCGUGGCCCCGGCCGCCAUGAGUGGUGGAUCCCCCUCACCAAGGGCAAGAAGAGCAAGCACCAAACCUCGGCCGUGUCCGGCGACCUUUGGGUGGAAUGCACAGUGGAGGAUGUCAGGCUUCCUGGCCAAGCCGGCCCAGCCCACCCUCAGGGCCAUGGCCCUGCCGCUGUGGCCACCCAG